CGUCGACGAGUAAGCUCUUUUGCGCAGUUGUGAAAGAAACCUACAUUGCGAUGUGUAGAUAACUCCUUAAUACACGGAACAACAUUUCAAAUUUCACCAGGAGGUGAGAGAACGAAUUAGUUUUGGGGCACGACAACUUCCUCCCUGAAAUUCAAGAAGGUACAUCUAUUUUUACACCAGAGGAAUAAGCUGAUGCAGAAGAAUGCUCCAAACGUGACUGAGUGUAUAUCCUCAGAUACGGAUGGACAGCGCCGAGGCCAUUGCUUUUUCUGCGGAUACUGCAACAGCUCAUUCUCUGUUGGCCUCCCGAAAGAACAGUUCCGACAGAGACAGACCGAAAAGGGAUCACAUAUCUGCCAGAAGGAGGACAACUGCCUGAGAAACACAUCCACUGUCUAUGCUUCUGCUGUUUACGAGUUUCCUUUCUUGCAUAACCAUCUACUCAGUACUUCAUCGCCAAGCGAAAUAGUUCACAUUCAUUGUUACAUAUAGCUAAGUUACCAUACUGCAUUUCUGAACAGAGUGGGGUUUUUUUAACCUAAGCAUUGUGUUAAAUUCAUAUGCAUACAGCCAAGAGUAGAACUGACUAGUCAUUACCCUAUUACACUCAUACAGGAAAAUUAGCAGAAGACAAACAUUUAAAAUAUUACACUGCAGGCUACCGUACCUCUUGCAUACAUUACUGCCUCCCUCUGCUAUUUCCCAUCGUACCUUCCACUCAUACCUGUCAAUGAUUCUCUUCCCUCCCCUUUGCAUCUAUCCAUUCCAUUAUUCCUCUUUUCUUUUAAAGCUCCCUUAACUUCUGUUUAUCUGUCCGCCAGAUAACUUCUUACCCGUCAGUCUCUCUCAGCUACUUACCUCAUUUCCAUCUCACGCUGAAAAACAACUGAGAUUUUCUCUCAUUGGACCUAAAUGGACAUCCCAGAGGCCCUCCAUUUCCCCACCAGUUCUUCCCUCCCCACUCCAUCCCCACUUCGCCCAGCUGUUGCCCCCUCCGUGAAGCAGGGGGUCACCAUCCUCUACACCUGUCUUUACGGCUCCCUCUUCCUGGUGGUGUAUGUCCAGCUGUGGCUCCUGCUGCUGUACCGGCACAAGCGCUGGAGCUAUCAGAGCGUCUUCCUCUUCCUGUGUCUGUUCUGGGCUGCACUUCGCACCACGCUCUUCUCCUUCUACUUCCACAAUGCUCUGGAGGCCAACCACCUUCCCACGCUGGCCUACUGGCUUCUCUACUGCUUCCCCGUGUGUCUGCAGUUCUUCACCCUCAGCCUCAUCAAUCUCUACUUCACCCAGGUGUUGCUAAAAGUACGGGAAAAAUUCAACUCUGCGCCAAGCAAAGGACUGUCUGUGGCUCGCUUUGUCUAUGCAGCCAUGAGCGCUGUGUUCCUCUGCGUCAACGUGGUGUGUGCUGCUCUGGGGCAGAGGGGCGGUGGAGGGGACCAGGCCUGGAGACUCGUUCUGAUUCGAGUGCUGGUCAAUGACCUGCUCUUCAUUCUGGAGGCCGUGGCCCUGGCCGCUUCCCUUCUCCUCCUCACCCGUUUUGCACCCUCCACCAGCCCAUACCUGCACAGCAAGGGCACAACAGUUUGCCGAACAGCUGCGCUGGGUACGGGUGUAAUUCUGCUGUUCUCCAGUAGGGCUUGCUACAAUCUGUUCGUGCUGAUGCUGUCUCAGAACCACCGGGUGGAGUCCUUUGACUAUGACUGGUACAACAUCUCUGACCAGGCUGACCUGCGCAGUGAACUGGGGGACAGGGGCUACCUGGCAUUUGGAGCCAUUCUCUUCGUGUGGGAGCUGUUACCCACAAGCUUACUCAUUCUCAUCUUCAGAGUGCGGCGGCCCCCUCAGGAGACAGGCUGUAAUGCUGUGAUCAACAGCCACAGCCAUCGCUCCUACUUCUUUGAUGAUCCCAGAGGGAUGGACAAUGACCUGGGAGUCCCCUGGACUCAGAGCACACUCCCACAUAACAGCUGGUUUGGACCCAGUGAGACAGAACCCCUUCUCUUCACCAGGAAUACUGACCCAGCCAAUCGGCACCACACCCUCUAUUCCACUCCGCAGAACUGACCAACCACAUUGAGAUGGAGUAAAAUGUCUCAAUACUUGACUAAUCGUGACCUCUCUUUUUACUAUAAUCCUAUGGAAUGGACCAACAGGAGUUAAAGGUUACGCUCCUGUUCUCCAGACUGACCACUGAAAGACAGUAUUUGCACUCCUGUUUUUAAAACUGACUAUCUACCACUGGACUUAUGUGUCUGUUGCCAGCAGGAUGGCCUCCACAGACUCUGCAUUAGUCAGUUAUAAUACUCAAGGCAGCCAAGAAAACUGCUUAAGACAAGUGAAUACCAAAACGAUAUUUCACACAGCACACUGGUCAAAUCUGUCUCUCCCCAAUACAGAGGAUUUGUAUUUUUGAGAGAAUAUUUUUGAAACAAAGGGAGGAAGCCUGCUCUACUCCCAUGUUUGAAACUGAAUUUUUUGUAAUCGUUCUGAAGUUCAGAGUCACAAAAAAGCAAUGCUUUUGUAAGGUUUAUGUCUUCCAAUUUCUGACAAGCUGAUGGGGUGCCUGUGACAACUGCCAGUUUACUGUGUUUCCAGUAAGCAAUAUCCUGUCCAAAAAUGUAAUCUUGGCUGUGUCUUACUGUUCCUUAAGUGUCAGCUAAAAACCUGUAUGUUCACUUAUGUAAUCUAACAAGUUCCUGACUAGAUACAUUCUUUCUUUCAUUGCAGUUGUGGACCAAAAACUGUCCAUUUCAAGUAUGUUUUGAAAUGGCUUCCUUUGACUGUGGGACAAAGGGCAAAAACCAGCAAAGAACAAGAGAGAUUACAUAAAACACUUUCCCAUUAAAUACAAAAAAUGAUGUAGCACAAGAAAUAUGCCACAUUGUUUGUGAUUGAUAUAGUCAGUCAUAAAAAUAAGGUAUGGUAGAUUUUAACCAAUUUUAACUAAAAUGUUUCUUUUUUUGCCCCUCAUUAAACUUGUUCAAAUUGCACAUUUUUACUAUUUCAAGAAUUAUUGCUAACAAUGGAAUUGCAUUGUUUUUGUGAGACAAUUACAACAUACAUUGUUGUGACUGUUUGGGUAAAGAAUGAAUGAGUGCAUAUAAGUUCACAGUAACUACUGUUUUCUGUGGUGUUUCUACAUAGGACCAGGGCUCUGUAAUAGUUUUUUUAAGAAUAGCUGUUGAAUGUCAAGUCUCUUAAAAAGUAA